GACGUUGGCAGGUGACUCGGAUUUACUAACGGUAUACAACGCAUAUUGCGCCUGGAAACGCACACGAGGCACGCCCGGAUCAAACGAAUAUGCAUUCUGCCGGAAGAAUUUCCUCUCGCCUCAGACACUACUCAACAUCGAAGACGUCAAACUCCAGCUCAUGGUCUCCAUCGCCGACGCAGGCCUAAUCACCCUUGACGCAAAUCAGAAGUCAUCCCUCAAUCGAGCCCGCUCCACCCGCCAACGCCACUUCUUCACCACUCCGCCCACCCACGAUACAAACAGCACAAACGACACGCUGAUCCAGUCUGUCAUCGCAUGGAGCUUCUACCCCAAGCUCCUAACCCGCGAGGGCAAAGGAUGGCGUAACAUCGCGAAUAACCAAGCCGUCACGCUGCACCCGACAUCUGUCAACAAAGGCUCGGAUCCGAGUGUCGUCAAGUACCUGAGCUACUAUCAUAUCAUGCAGGGCCGGAACCGCAAUUAUAAUGCGUUCGAGACGAGCGUUGUGGAGGACUGGGCUGUGGCGGUGCUUUGUGGGGAGAACGAUUUUAAGAUGUAUGCCGGCGUUCUGUCUAUCGACACCAACCGGAUCCGGUUCUCGAUUAGAGAUUGGAAGUCCAUGCUUGCGAUUAAGGUGCUCUCAACCCGGGUGCGAGAGAUCUUAGCUGCUAUGUUCCGGGAUCCGCAGCAGCCGUUAUCAUACAAGCAGAAGCAGUGGAUGGAUAUAUGGCAGGGCAUAUUCCAGAAUAGAGAUGCAAGGCAGUAAAUAGAGCCAGCAGCUUUUGAAUAAACUAGAGUAGACCCAAGAAAAAAAACUUACAUUUAAAUA